AGUUCUGCAACGAGAAAUACACUGACUGCGGUCCACCGGACAAAUAUGGGAACUAUUACUGAUGAUGAAGUCAUUCGCAAGCGGUUGCUUAUCGACGGUGACGGAGCCGGGGACGACCGGCGCAUCAACUUGCUUCUGAAGAGCUUCAUUAAAUGGUGCCACUCAAAUGUGACACCGGAAGAGGGGUUUGCUCAGUACCAGAGGAUGCUGGGGAGCCUGUCGCAGUGUGAAUUUUCAAUGGGAAAGACGCUUCUGGUCUACAACAUGAACCUCAAAGAAAUGGAAAACUAUGAAAAAAUCUACGCCGACAUCGAGCAAAAUAUAUCAGCUGCACAUAAGAAAAUAGCAGAGUGUAAAAAAGAGAUCCAGAGAGCUAAGAGGAUACGGAAGAACCGGCAAGAGUAUGAUGCAUUGGCCAGGGUGAUCCAGCAACAUCCAGACAGACAUGAAACCAUGAAGCAGCUGGAGGCUCUGGACAAGGAACUUCAGAAGCUUUCGCAAAUCAAAGAGAACGUAGAAGACAAGUUGGAGCUGCGUAAGAAACAGUUCCACGUGCUGCUCAGUACCAUCCAGGAGCUUCAACAGACUCUAGAGAAUGAUGAGAAGAUGGAGAGUGAUGAAAUGUCCCAAGAUAGCCCGAUGGAAAACUGAGACUAGCUUUAUUUUUUCCCUUAUUUUUUAUAUUCCAUGUUCUGCUUUGAUGAGCCCAAAUAAGUUCUUUUAAAAUUUAUUCUUUCAAAUAAAGUCUUUUAAAACUGUGGGAAUAAAAGCAAAGAUUUUUAACAAA